ACCAAACAAACAAAACAGACGACGAAGGACAACGUAACGCGUCGUAAACGUAUUUUCCAGUGAUUUCUGUGCACAACAAAUAUUGAACUCACGUUGUUUGUGCGUCGACUUGUGGUUUGUAGACUUACAGUGGUGGUUCAUUUGUGAAAAUUGCUUGCCUCUGUCAUCGUAUGUACAUCAGAGAAACAAGUAACCUUUGCCGAGCUAAAGUGUUGUAGAGGUUAUGUACAUUUGGAAGUGACAUAAUCGUUGUGUGCCUGCCGGUGGCUAGGAUGUGCUGGUGACAACCGAACCGACGUUUCUUCUGCUGUUAUUCACCUGCAGUUUCGCCGAGAGCCGAGAGCGCGGUGCCGGCUGUUUUGGACGCGCGGAUCUUUUUGGCCAUGGAGAUGCUACCGGAUGACGUGCUGCUGAUGGUGCUGAAGGAGCUGAAAGAGGCAGCGGACAUCUUCGCCUGCCGCCUCGUGUGCAAGAGGCUCGCCGCCGUUGCCCUGGACCCCUAUGUGUGGCGAGGUCGAGCUGUAAACAGCACCGAACCUUACUGUGCGUGCCCAGUGCUGCGCCUGGUGCCGUGUCUCGAGCAGGUGCAUAUCAACCUCCCUGCUGAGAGGUGUCGCCAGUGGGCGUACGCCUCAACCAGGUGCGCCGCGGCAAAGUUGUGGAUGGAUGUGGAUGUGCAAGACACCUCGCACGCCUCGCACGCCGCAGCGAUAAUUUGCAGGCAAGAAAUGUUGGGGCGUCUUAAGCAAGUCGUGAUUCAAUUAGUCAAUUUCAAGAUGGCGACUGAUGUUCCCAUGCUACUGAGCACGUUGGCAUCGACAUCCCGCUUAGAGAAGCUUCGCGUGGUGUUGGAUACCGGCACCGGCGACGACCAGCACCCACUACCAGCCACACCCGCACCCAUCCUGGGCAGUAUUGUGGUGACACCGUCACUGAUUAAGUUCCAUUGCAAGCUCUGCACGUUUAUGGAGCCGUUCGUGAAGUUCAUCCUGUUCGAGCACGCCGUCACCCUCGAGAGGGUUAACCUCGGGACCUCCCCGUCUAGCUUGACCUUGACCUCGAUCGCGCCUCUGCUGACCGGCGUGACGAACCUCAGCAAGCUGACAUGCUGCUGUCUUCCCGGGAUGGAGGCCCUGGCAGCCUGCAAAGCACUCGCUAUCCUGAGGCUCUUCGUCAACACCGACAUUCUGGACCAGCAUGCCGUCGCGGGAGUUGCCGAGCUCCUUCGGCGCGCCGAGCACCUGCGCGAAGUGAGCCUAGAGUACGAGCCCGCGCUGCUUAGUGUCGCUGAAGUCGGCGCGGAACUCGUCCCGGCUCUGGCCUCCGGACGCUCCCGCGUGGAGACUCUGUUCAUCACAAACUUUGAACCUGGCCAAGAAGAAAACUUCCCCCUACUUCAGCCGGUGGUCAGUGCGCUUCCCUCGCUACCUGCGCUGCGGCACUUGAGGAUGGACGAGAACACAGAUAGCCCGGACGAGCUUCUGCUGUUCAUCCGGCCCGACGUGGCGCCGGCGCUGCAAAGAGUUGACCUAAACCUGCUAGAGGGCUGCGUUCACUCCUGGCUCCACGGGGACACAGUGAAGACUGUUUUUUCCGCGAAUCCCUUACUCCAUAUAAGCUUAGAGUACGUGAACCUAGUCUGUGAUGAUGACAAGCGUUGCCAAGCAUGUGAACUGGACUGUCACGGUGAACUGAGGGACUCGGUGUUCGUCCCUUAUUUUUUCUCUCAUGACCCUAAGGACGAAUGUUCGGAGGACCACAGCAGUGACUCGUCCAACCGCUGGUUUCAUUUGCCUUUAUGAAAAGUGGUGAUCGUAUCUGUUCCUUAAAUUUUCCAUACUGUAACUCUCUUAUUCUUGCCGCAGGUUUUAGUUCGGUAUUAGUUUUAUUCUGGAUUAUGGGUGAACUUAAGGGGUCUUUGAUCACCCCUUACUUUGUUUCGGUUGUACUGUACCCGCAAUUAGCGUCUAAGCGGGUUGCCUACUCGCUCGGUCCCACAAGGUGCCAUGGUCAGCGACCAAGGCAAGGCAAGCCCGCACGCGUAGAACGCAAGUGUGUGAAUGUCGCACACUUGCAUAAGUGUGAAUGUCUAUUCGUACACUUACAGAGGUAAACGUGUGAAUUUUUCCUAAUAAAUUGACACGUUUACCCCCCUUAAGUGUACGAAUGAAUAUUCACACACCUGCUAAGUGUGCAACAUUCACACACUUGCGUCUCCAGUGUGCCUGCAUCAGUUACUGUGUAUAACCAGAAAUUACAACUGUAAAAAUACCAAAAUAAACAAUUGAAAUAGUUCA